UUUUUACCUUUGAAGACAAUGUUAGGACCAAGAUAUGAUGAACAGGUUGCUGAAGAAAAUCGUUUUCACCCGAGUAUGUUAUCCAACUACUUAAAGAGUCUGAAGGUUAAAAUGGGUUUACUGGUAGACUUGACCAACACCACUAGAUUCUAUGAUAGGAAUGAUAUAGAGAAAGAGGGGAUUAAAUAUAUAAAGCUCCAGUGUAAAGGGCAUGGUGAGUGCCCUACACCUGAGAAUACAGAAACAUUUAUCCGUGUAUGUGAACACUUCAGUGAUAAGAAUAGCUCAGAGCUUAUAGGUGUCCAUUGCACACAUGGUUUCAAUAGAACUGGAUUUCUGAUCUGUGCCUUUUUGGUCGAGAAGUUGGACUGGAGUAUUGAGGCUGCUGUGGCUACUUUUGCUCAGGCUAGACCACCAGGUAUUUAUAAAGGUGACUAUUUGAAGGAAUUAUUUCGUCGUUAUGGAGAUGAAGAUGAUGCACCGUCACCACCUGAGCUACCAGAAUGGUGCUUUGAUGAAGAUGAAGAGGAGGAUGAUGAUAAUGGUAAAACAGGAGGCCAAGAAUCAGAACCUGGAUCAUCAAGCUCUUCCUUUGGCAAGAGGAGAAAAGAACGCCUAAAACUGGGUGCAAUUUUCUUGGAAGGAAUAACAGUUAAAUGUGUGACCCAGGUGACAACACAACCAAAGUUAGGAGGAAUACAGCAAAAAUGUCAGCAGUUCUGUGGAUGGGAAGGGUCUGGAUUCCCUGGAGCACAGCCUGUUUCCAUGGACAAGCAAAAUAUUAAAUUUUUGGAGCAGAAGCCAUACAAAGUUAGCUGGAAAGCAGACGGCACUCGGUACAUGAUGCUGAUUGAUGGCAAGAAUGAAGUUUAUAUGAUCGAUAGAGACAAUUCGAUCUUUCAUGUAUCUAAUCUGGAAUUUCCAUUUCGUAAAGAUCUUCGCACACAUCUAACAAAUACUCUUCUGGAUGGGGAAAUGAUCAUCGACAAGGUUAAUGGACAGGUUGUCCCUCGGUACUUGAUAUAUGACAUUAUUAAGUUUAAUGGACAGCCUGUUGGAGACUGUGAUUUUAAUGUUCGACUUGCAUGUAUAGAGAAAGAGAUUAUAUUUCCACGACAUGAAAAGAUCAAGAAUGGUCUUAUCGACAAAGCACAGGAACCAUUCAGUGUUCGAAACAAACCAUUUUUCGACAUCUACACUUCAAGAAAGCUCCUGGAAGGAAGCUUUGCUAGAGAAGUUAGCCAUGAAGUGGAUGGACUGAUAUUUCAGCCUACAGGAAAAUACAAGCCUGGUCGAUGUGAUGAUAUUUUGAAAUGGAAGCCACCCAGCCUGAACUCUGUUGAUUUUCGUCUAAAGAUAACAAGAAUUGGUGGAGAGGGGCUACUCACCCAGAAUGUUGGUCUUCUUUAUGUUGGAAACUUUGACAGACCUUUUGCACAAAUUAAGGUGACAAAAGAACUGAAACAAUACGACAAUAAAAUUAUAGAGUGCAAGUUUGAGAACAACAGCUGGGUCUUCAUGAGACAGAGAAUAGACAAAAGCUUUCCAAAUGCCUACAGCACUGCCAUGGCUGUAUGCAACAGCAUCCAGAAUCCAGUUACGAAGGAGAUGCUGUUUGAGUUCAUUGACAGAUGUACAGCAGCUUCUCAAGGACAGACGCGGAAACACCACCUCGAUCCUGACACUGAACUCAUGCCGCCCCCACCGCCCAAAAGGCCGCGUACCAUAACAUAAGGCCUUGGUCUCAGCGGAUAGCGUGUUUACAGUUCUGCAGAAAGUGAAACGCAAGUGUGAAGGCUGGAAAAAAAGAAAUCUGAAUUGCUGUAAAUA